UUCCCGCUCAGUUGGAUCCUCGUCCGGUGGGCCUUGGGCGCAGCGCAGGCGGCCAGCCGGCAUCCCGGGCGGAGGAAAAGGAGUUGGAAUACAGAAUACCCAUCCUUUCCAGAAGAGAGGCCACUGCAAUCUCAAAGAAGGGGUCACAGGACAGUGGGAGUAGCUGCCUCUCUCUCUGAAUCGUGGCUCAAAUGUGGAGAAGGAUUUCAGGAUACUUCUGGGAAUCAGUCAUUGAUAGCUGAAAAGUCAGUUGUUACAGGAAAGCACCUUGAAUUUUCUCCAAGACCAAAAAAAGAAAUUGCCACAUAUAAAGGUACCAGUGAGCUUCCAGAUAUAACAUGGAGUUCCAGUGGAAGUGAUCUGUCAGAUGAAGAUAAAAUACGUUCUAAAUCACAGAAAGAUAAUGGACAUGGCUCUCGAAUAGAGAGAUUUUGUAAUAGGAAUAUUUUAGGUCCAGAAGAUGGGGCCAGUGAAGGUAAAUUACUAAUUGUGUAAGAAAUCUAGUUUUGGUUAAAUACUAGGUUUAAUAUUAGAAGAAAUUUAUAUUCCCUUUAUAUAUUUGUAAUUGUUCAUGAUUUUUCUGAGCCCCAGCCUCAUUGCUAAACUCUUUAGAAAAAUUUUCUCAACUAAUAAUUUUCACAACAACUCUUAACAGGAAGGUAUUACUUGGUAUUAUUUUUACUGUUAACAAUUUAGGCUGGGACUUGUCAGAAGUGAUUGAAAUUCCAUUUUCAGUCUCUUUGGGGCCAGAGCCAGUUCUUGCAGUUCCCACAUACUGUUGCACUCAUGCUGCCUUCUUGGAAGUUGUUAUUAAAUACUAUGACAAUCAACAUGUGGAGGAAGUAUAACUUAUUAACAAAUUUCUCUGCUGAUAGUUUUUUUUUUUUUGGUACCAGGGAUUGAACUUGGGACCUUGUACUUGCAAGGCAGGUGGUGGAACCACUGAGCUAAAUCCCCCUCCACGAUGGCAUUUUUAUUGUAUCAUGUUUUAUACAGUUUAAAAUAGGGUUCAACCUUAACACUCUUACCAUUUGGAGCCAGGUAAUUCUUUGCUGUGGGAGAACUUUUCUCUGUAUCCUAUAUAGGAUAUUCUGCAGCAUUACUGGCCUCUGCCUACUGAAUCACAGUAGUGCCCCCAACUGUAGUUUUAAUACCCUAAAACGUUUUCCGAAGUUAUUAAAAGUCCCCUGAAGGACAAAAAUCACCUUCAGUUGAUAACUACAUAUGUAUUAUUAUGGAAAGCAUAUUCUUUUCUAAAUUUUAAAAAUACUUGGGAGUAAAGUCUUAAUGCUUU